UCUCCGGGCGUAGGCCAGCUCAGCACAGAACUAUGUUCACAUAGCACAUUCAACGGAGCUGACAACGCAGUGGAAGCUUACCAUAUGCUUGGGACCUUUCAACAACCUUGCAAAUUCUGUAAUCGCCGCCGCGCGCGUGAGCUAGCGUGAACCUCUGCUGCCGGCGCGAUGGCGGCAUUGAAGGAGUGCUGCCGCAGCAGCAACAGUGACGCUGCGGCGCCGUUGCCUGCCGAGUCACCGCCUGUGAGGCCCUCCAGCGGCAGCCACUCGCCGGCGGCAAUCGCGCCGAUGGUGGUGGCCUGGACGGCGCCUUUGGCGAUCGCCUACCUCCCCAUCGCCGCCGUGCUGCCGCAGCUGCCGCACAGUGGGCCGCCGACUGGCCGCGCCGCCGCGCUGCUCGCGUGCGCGGUGUGGCCGGCGCUGCAGCUGGGACUGCAGCGGCCGGCACUGCUGGCGCCUCUGCCGCCACCUGCUGCUAAUGCUGGUGGUGGUGGAGGUGGUGGUGGUUUUCGUGGACCAAGCGGCUCUAGUGCGGAGCGGGCAGAGGGCGGUUACGGCGAUGGCUGCAUGAUUGGGCCCAGCACCAGCAGCCCCGGCACCCAGGGCCGAGACCAUCCUCGCCAACCCGCUAGCACCAGCACUGGCGCCGUGGGCCUCGUCGUCGCUGCCUGUGUGCGCGACUGGCGCCGGCUGGGCUGGCUAGCGCUGGCGGUGGCGCAGCGCGCGCUGCGGCUGGCGGCGGGCGCGCAUGCCGCGGCGGCCAUAGGCGCCAUUGUGUGCGGCUGCGUGCGCGGCUGGGGCAGCCCCUGUUGCCGCGCCAUGCGGCAGCUCACCAGCUGCAGCGGGCUGCUGCUGCAGUUGGGGGUGCUGGUCACCGCGCUGUGCACCGCGGCGGCGCUGGAGGCCCCGGCCUCGGCAGCUCACGUGCGCGACGCUGGUCGGGAGCAGAGGCAGCAAGCAGAGCAGGCGCUCAAGCGCCCGCCUGUGCCCUGCGCCGCCGAUCGCGCUGCUUCUGCCAGUGCUUCGGGAACGGCGGUGGGUGGUGCAGCCGCCCCUCUAGCCGGUGCCAUCAGGCCGGGGGCACUGGUCCUUUCCACGCCGCCGCCGCCACCGAUGUUACGGACGGUGACGCGCCUGGCGGCGCACGCCCUCUGCGCCGCCGGCGCCCUCUACCUGGGCGUUCACUCCGCCGCCGUCGCCGCUGCCGCCACCGGCUUUGUGCAUGGCGGCGGCGGUGGCAGUAGCGUGCUGUGGCUGCUGCUGCCGCCGCCGCCCAAUGUCGACAGGCCGGCUGUGUGUCGGUCCGGACCGCCCGCCGCAUCGCUCACAGCCUCCGGCUUUCCCACCUUCCUUCUGCCGAUCAGUGGCAUGUUCGGUGGUGGCCACUUUGGGGGCCGGGCACGGGACACGGCAGCGGUCGCGGCGGCGGCGCCGCCGCUCUGCGUUCCCGCGGAGGUGGCGGUGCUGGUGGCGGUGCUAAGUGGAAUCCUGGCUGCUGCUAUCUACCACAUGAUGGUCCCGGUGCUGGCGUGGGUGUUCGCUUGGGCCGUGGCCCGGACGAUCGCGCUCAUGGCAUCCAGCCCCGCUGCUGGAUGGCCGACGCCCCACCAACAGCUGCUACAGCAACCGCUACAGCCGUCGCUGCUGCAGCAGCAGCUGCAGCCACCGCAAGAGCAGGCGCCUGACGCGCGCCCGGGGCUGGAGUCGGGCACAGCGUCGGCUGCUGCACAGCUGCUGGCACCAGCACAGCAGACAGAGGCACGCCCACAGCAGGUGGUGGCGCCGGUGACUGCAUCCCUCCUGGCGGCCGAGGCCGCGGACGCAGCGACCGCUGCGACUCCCUUCACGCCUGCGGCAGCGGCGGCGGCGGAGACGAGGGCGGCAGCGGCGGCGGCGGAGACGAGGGCGGCGGGGGCGGCGGCGGAGACGAGGGCGGCGGGGGCGCGUGCAUCGGCUCUGUACCGCUCGCGGUCGCGUCAAGUGACGGCUGCAUUCAAGCUGGAGGUGCCGCCGGGCGUGUCCUUCGAGGCCGCCGCCUCCUUCGUCUCCGCCCGCGUCCACCUCACCGUUCAGGAGCUAACGCGCGACCUCAGCAGCCGAAACACCAGCGGCCGCAGCCGUGGAGGAAACGGCGGUGGCGACAAUAGUGGCGGUGGCGGUAACAGCUCUAGCGAUGAAGCUAUGGUGGGUCAGCGCCGCGGUGGCGGUGACGGUGACGUGACAGAGGAGCCGGCCGCUGAUGCGUCCAGCAAUACCAACGGCGGCGGUGGGGGCGGCGGCGGCAGUAGUGCCUGCGGCAGCUUCGGAAGUGGCGGUGGCAGUAGUUGCGGCAGUGAGCCCACAGUGCCAACCACCGACGCGCGGCCGGCACCAUCCGAUGCUGCCAGCGCUUCUCUUACCGCAGUCUCAACAGGCACCGGUGCCGUGCCUGACACAGAUCCGCCGGCCGCGCCGGCGGAAGGCCGUGGCCACCGGAGCAGCAGCAAUGGCAGUAGCGGCGGCGGCGGCGGUACAUCAGGCAGCGGCCGCAUCCGCAGGGGCUCGUGCUACAGCGGCGGUGCCCCAGAUGUGCCGCCAUUGCUGGCGCCGACGGCCGCUGACCGCCGGCAGGGCGGCAGCAUGGAUCUGACCAGCCCCAUGGCCGACCCCAUCCCCGACCCCAGCUCCAGCCCCUCCGAGCUCAAUGUGGUGUCCCGCAGCGCCGGCAGCGGUCCUGCGGAUGCUGAGGCAGCGGCGGAUCCUGCUGCUGACGCGGCGCCUGCUUCAGACCCAGGCACCGCACGCUGUGCAGGUACUGCAGGGCUGUCCGAAGCGCCCCCAGCCCCAGCCCCUGCUACUGCUGCGGCUGCUGCUGCUGCGGCUGCUGCUGCUGCGGCUGCUGAGGCGGCGGCAGAGGCUGCUGCCGCAACGGCUCGGCCGCUGCCGCGCUUCGCCAGCUACGCGACUCAUGUGCAGUGCGUGCCGGGCUGCAUCGAGAUCAUUCUGCAGCUGCAGUUCGCACCCGAGGAUGAGGAUGAGGGGCAGGCAGCAGACGGCAUCCAGCAGCCUGUCAACGUCACCGGCAGCAGCAGUGCCGACGUCAGCAGCCGCAGACGUACGGGCGUAGCCCCGCUGAGCGCCGGCGCGGCGGCGGCCGUGCGGACUGCGGACGCGGCGGCGGUGGAGGCGGCUUUGGAGGCGGCUGUGCAGGCCGCCGUGCUGGCACUGGAGGCAAAGCUAAUGGAACAGCUGCAGCAGGCGGCGGCGGAGGCGGCUGUAGCAGCGGCGCAGCAGGCGAAUGUGGCUGUAGCCAGUGGCGGCGGUGUUGGCCAAGGCGAGGCAGACGCCGCUGCGGCUGUGGCGCCUGCUUAUGAGAUGUGCGAUACUGUUGUUGAUGGUGGCUCUGGAAAUGAGCAGCAGCGCGAGGAGCAGGUGCGGAGGGCUCUGGCACCGGAGGGGUCGCACGGCAGCCCACUCCGUGUCGGCAGGACGGGCAGCAGCCGCCAGCGCCGCAGUAGCAGCAGCAGCAGCGGCAGCAGCAGCAGCGGAGGAGGCGAUCAGGGCGACGGCAGUAGCAGCAGUAGCAGCGGCAGCGGUGGUGGUGUUGGCGAAGCUACUGCUGCGACUGUCCCAGGCUCGCAGCAGAGCACAGGCGGCGGCAUCCCGCGCGCGGUGUGGGUGGUAACGACUCCGGUGGCCUCUCGCGCGGGCACCGCCUCCCCUGAUGAACCUACCGCAGGCAGCCGUGGCCGCCGCAGUAGCAGCCGCGGCCUCACCUCCGGCACCGCGCAGGUUGCCGCCGGCCGCGACAGCACUGGCGGCGGCGGUAACAGCCAAGCCGCCGCAAGCCGGGGCCUGCAGUCGGGCAGGAGCAGUGUCAGCAUCGACGUGUGUCAGCAGGUGCCCGGCAGUGUCGAGUCAGCUCCGGCUGACGGCGCGGCGGCGGCAGGCGGAGCAGCCGGGCUGCUACUGCCCCCGGCGGCGGCGUCAGCGGCUGGCGAGCUGCUGCGCACGCUGUCCGCCGGGGCGUCGGCGGCGGCCGGGGUGCGUGGCACGGACCCAGAGAGUGGGGAGGAGAGCCCACGAGAGAGGCCGCAGGAGGGCCCGCAGGAGGGCCUACAACAGCAACAAACUGACCUGAUGCCGCAGUGGCUUGCAGCUGCAAGCGAUACCAGAAGUAGUAGCGCUGGCAGCGCACGCGCGGCGCCGCUGCUGGUUUGCAUGGACCCCCCAGUGCUCAGCACGGCAGCGGCGGCGCUCGCUGCCGCCGCCGCCGGCAGCAGCAAUGAGGCGUCGGCUGCUGGGAACGCGGCGCGCGCGCAUUCCAGCGUGCGCCUUGAUGUGUUCGCCCCGGAGCACUUCCGAUGGUAUCGCAUGCGUCCUGCUCCUACCGCUGCUGCAGCCGCUGCUGCAGCCACUGCGACUGCCGUGCCGCCGCCGCUACUGGUGCGGGUGGUGGUGACGCAGGCGGGCGCAGUGGUGGCUGAGGUGCCGCGGCUGGAGGUGGGGCCGCGAGGAGCCAGCGUCAGCCUGGACCUGUCUGGCUUGGCCGAGGGCAGUGCGGCACUGCUGGUGCUGCCGUACCGCGGCGGCCGCAAGGCAGAGCCCGACGGCAGUAGUGCUACAGCCCCUGCGGCCCUGGCGGCGCUGCACUACAGCCCCAUUGCGGUGGUGCCGCCGGAGGUGGCGGCGGAGCUGUGUGGCCUCAUGGGCCGCAUGGAGCAGGAGCUGGCGGAGAAGGAGGCGGCGGCAGUAGCAGCAGCUGGCGAGGGCGGCGGCAGUAACAGCACCAGCAGCAGCACCAGAAGAAUCACCCGUGCCCGUGCCUUCACAGAGCACCUGUGUCCGCUGGUGUCAGACAUGGUGUCAAUGCUCCUGGGCUGCGGCCGGCUGGCGGCAGAGCACACAAGCAGUAGCAGCAACAUGCGCCGUGGGGUCGGCGGCAGCAGCGCCACUGGCGGCAGUAGCAGCCAGCCGCCGCCAACAGGUGGACGGCCGGACGGCGCCGCUGCAGACUCUCAGCGUGCCGGUCCCGCAGCAGGCGAUGCGGCCGCCAGCGCGAGCGACGCAGCAGCCGACAGCGCCGCAAGCAGCAGCGCAGCUGCCCUCACGAACAGUACCGGUGGCAAUGGAAGUGACAGUAAAGGCAGCAGCGAUGACAGCGGCGGGAGUGGGAGCAGUGCCAGGGCAAGCGGUGGAAACGGCAGAAGCGCCGCCGUCGACGGUUUUGCCGUUGGCGGCGGCGCCGCCGGCCACCAUGAUCACGUGAUGGCCGUUGGAGAUCUGCACGAUCUGGCGGAUGGGCUCUUCAACUUCCUCCGUGACAUGGGGCUGCCGUACACACUGCAGUACCUCGUGGACGGGCUGGGGGCCAUUGCCGCCGCCGUAACAGCGCCAGCCGCCGCCGCCGCCACCUACGCACCUAUUGCUGCCGCCGCUCAUGCCGCCAGCGCGGCCAUAGCCUCAGCUGCGAUGGCAGCCGCAGAUGCUGACGCAGGCGCUGACGCUGGCGCUGACGGCGAGCGCGCCCGCCGUGCCCCUGGCUUCCCAGCCCGCGGGUUCGGCGCUGGUCCUGUUCCGUAUCAGGAGGAGCCGCAGGAGCCGCCGCGGGCGCCUGGUAGUGAUGGUGCUGACGACAUCAGCAGCACCGGCGGCGCUGACGACGGCGGCCGCAGCGCUGCUGGCGGCAACACUAGUAGCGGCGGCGUCCUGGCGGCGGUGGAGGAUAAGGCAGUGCGGCUGCUGGCGCUGGCCUCGGAGAGCGAGCGGCUGCUGGUGGCGGUGAAGAGCGUGGCGCGAGGCUUCAGCGACCCGCAAGUGGAGGCCGCCUGCCGGCGCUUCCGCUGCUACGAGUGCCAGCGCCUGCGCCUCGACCACGCCGCCGCCGCCGCCCAUGCCGCGCUGGCCGUGGCAACCAUCAUACUGGUGGCACGCAGGCUCGGAGACCGCGGCGGCGGCGGCAGUGACGGCUGGGAUGGCGGCAGCAGCUGGGACAUGCUGAAGGGGGCUGCUGGCGGUACGCUGCUACAGCCGGCGGCUGCCGCGCAGCAGCUGCUGCAGGGCCUGCCGGCGGCAUGCCUGCUGCUGGCGCUGGCGCUGGUUCCAGCACUGGUGCUGCCGGCGGUGCUACUGGAGCGGAUCGGGCCGCAGGCGGGCGCCAGCUGGCGGGAGACCAUCGUAAGUCUGAUGCACGUGGUGCUGGUGGCGACGCUGUGCAUGUACGGCAAGUACGGCGGCGGCGGCGGACCUUGCGGCGGCGGCGGCGAGGCGUGGCAGCUGCCGCUGCAGGCCGGCAGGGCGCUGGCGUUGCUGCUGGUGGUGGUGCAGCCGGCCGCUUAUGGGAUUCACUUUGCCAGCGGCUACUGCUGCUGGGUGUUGGACAUGGUGCUUCUCACGCUGGUGCACUGGCGCUGCACAGAGCUAGAGGCGGCGGAGCGCGGCGGUGGCGGCAGCAUGGGCGGCGGCAACGCGGAGCAGUGGGGCGUGUGCUGGGCACCGUCGUCUUGGGUGGAGGCCGUCGCACCGGCCGUGACGGGGGUCCUGGGCUCGGGUGCGCUGGUGGCGGCGGUGGACACGGCCUGGCGCCUCCACUUCCUGCGCAACCAUCAUCAUCAGCACCAGCAGCAGCAACAGUGGCGCUUGGGGUCACAGCAGCCGCGAUGACGGGCGGUGUUGAGGGAGCAGCAGGAGGCAGCAGGCGAGGCAAGGAGCAUGAGAGCGAGGAGCAGGAGCGGAAGCGAGCUGCAGUGACGGCGACAGGCAGGCAGCAAGGAGAAGGAAAGUGUGAAACACCGUAACCUGGCAACACAGUCGCCCGUGGUGCUGGAUGCCUCAAGCAAGUAUGUAUCCAUGCCAUCGCCCCCCGGCUUUUAAGGAUACCUCCCAUGACCCAUGGGGCGCUGUGUACGUAGUUGCCGAUGGCGGUCAGCAGGGGCGCACAACUGGCGGGUCUUCUCAUGUCGCUUGAUUGUACGUUUCUGCGUCCAUGGACGGGCGCACCCUUUCACACCCGUGCAGCUGCAGUGUUGUAGGCACUGUCCAGGCGUGUGCUGCUUGGUGAAUUUUCAUGUGACGGUAUGUAAAAUGAAAACCUGCUGGAAAGUAGUGGCGGUAAUACCUUAUGUCGCGCAUGCCGUCUGUUGACGUGCUUAAAUACCCAUGGGAAUUGCUGUCACAAAGAGCGCCGCCAUAGACUGAGGCAACGGCGGUGCCGCAGUCCUACCUGUGUCGCUUGCCCAUUGGUUGGCGCAUACCAUAUGUUGGGAUUGGAAGUUUACGAGCGAGUGCGCACAGGUGGACGUCGAGUUGCAACCGAGCAUUCAUAAUGUCAUAUCGCAGGAUACCGGUACUGCAUCGCACGAUGAGACUUAUCAUGACCUGCGUGUAUGUCUGAGAAGCAUGCAGUGGGUGCUGACAGCGAGUGAGUCGCUGAUGCUCGGCAACGCACGUGCCUACCUGCAUUCUGCAUGGGGCGCAGCAAGAGGAUUUCACUGUGUGAAAGUGUAUUCAUCAUUCAUGGAUUGCUGCAAGUCGAGCGGAGGUAGGGAUGCAUGCAGAGCUGCUGAAUUGGGUUGUCAUCCUAAUUGCAGGCAUACAGCACGCAUGCAGUAAUCGGCGCCGGCGCAUUGGCUGGGGAAGCAAGGCAGGGUGCUCGCGCAAAGCAACAAGUUUUUGGCUGAGCCCCCUGUCGUACAUGUUGGACAUGUAUGUUGAGUUUGUUGGGCGGAGUGUUGAGGAGCGCGUGUGUGGGCCCGCAAGGAUGGAGCAAGAGAGUUUAUGGACACGGAUGACAGGGCCGGUGGCGAUCGAGCGCCUCGCUGGUCACUGACCUAGGCUCGGUCGGCAGCGGCGGCUACAAUUUUGGCGGUUGGUUGGCAGUGCGUGGGGGUAGGUGCCAGGCAUGGCAAUGGCGUGCUGACAUCGGGCGCUGAGGCAAGAUGGAGGCACCGAAACAGUCAUACGUCAGGGCUGCAUGCGCCCCUGCAGUAGAGCAAGUACGGCAGCACGUAGGUGUGUGUGAGAGCGAGGCAGAGACAGGGAGCCAGUUGCGUGCUGGUCUUCGGGGCUGAUGCUGAUGCUGCAGACAUGCAUAGGCCGAUGGGCCGAUGGGCGCCCUUCGGUGGAGCUGGAACGCGGAUGCCGGCAGGCACCCUAGGUGGGCAUGCAUGCCUGGUGCCAGGCAGGUCUGU